GGGCAUGCCUCUGUUGAUAAGAGCUCAGCUUGCUCUCAACUUUGCUCAUUUCACAACAGUGUGUGUGUGCGUGCGUGCUCCUGCCAGAGUUGGACAGCUCUGUCCUCAGGGUCGUCAUUUGCAUGCUUUGUUGGCGGACCUUGAGUCCACAACACCCCACAUAUCCAAGCGCCCACUCUUCCUGUCUGACGAGACCGCCUACUCCUUCCCUGUUGGGGGUCAGACCCAGCAAGACAUCUGCUCUCCACCACAAGUCCCACCCACUCCCUCUGAACAAACCCUGAACGGACUGGAUGAAACAGAGUCCUUCAGCUCGGCACAGAGAAGUCCCUGGUCUAGAGAAAGCAGCAGUCCAACCCAACCCACUGGUGAAGAGGACCACGUAUACAGUUUCCCUAACAAGCAGAAGAAUAGUGAGUCAUCAGCUGUUGCCAUGAACUCAACUUUGGGCAGCAACCUGUCUGAGCUGGACCGUCUGCUAUUGGAGCUCAAUGCUGUCCAGCAAAGCACCCCUGCUUUCCCCACAGAAGAAGAAGCAGCUCCACCACUGCCUGCCUGCAGUAUCAUCCACCAUAUCCAAGAGAAUGGAGUCUCUACCGCCGGCAAGGCCGUACCACCUGAAAUGGAAAAGCCAAAGCGCGGUGCAAUGGCUCGCGGGAUAGAGGAUGUGCGACCAAGUGUUGAGAGCCUUCUAGAUGAACUGGAAAGUUCUGUGCCCUCACCCAUUCCCACACCACUGGUGUUGACAGACGAACAAGGAGAUGGACAAGAGGAAACACCAGCACAGCAGCAAGCCAGAAUGUCUGCCUCCUCUGCCACACGAGAGCUGGAUGAGCUCAUGGCCUCCUUGUCUGACUUCAAAGUCCAAAGCAAUAUCCAGUCCAAGGGAAAGACGUCCCCCACGGCGCCCCCUAAACCAGCCAACAAGCUGGACAACAUGCUGGGGAGCCUGCAGUCAGACCUCAACAGACUGGGAGUCCAGACUGUGGCUAAGGGCGUCUGUGGAGCCUGCAAGAAACCCAUUGUUGGACAGGUGGUUACCGCCAUGGGCAGAACAUGGCACCCGGAGCACUUUGUGUGCACACACUGUCAGGACGAGAUAGGCUCCAAGAACUUCUUUGAGCGAGACGGGCAGCCAUACUGUGAGAACGACUACCACAACCUGUUCUCACCGAGAUGCCACUACUGCAACGGGCCCAUUUUGGAUAAAGUAGUGACUGCCCUGGACAAGACCUGGCAUCCGGAGCAUUUCUUCUGUGCCCAGUGUGGAGCCUUUUUUGGACCAGAAGGUUUCCAUGAGAAGGACGGGAAGGCCUUCUGCAGAAAGGACUACUUUGACAUGUUUGCCCCUAAAUGUGGCGGAUGUGCCCGUGCCAUCCUGGAGAACUACAUCUCCGCUCUCAACUCCCUCUGGCACCCCGAAUGCUUCGUCUGCAGGGAGUGCUUCACGCCGUUCAUAAACGGCAGCUUCUUCGACCACGACGGGCAGCCGUACUGCGAGGCGCACUACCACGAGCGGCGCGGCUCACUGUGCUCCGGCUGCCAGAAGCCAAUCACCGGCCGCUGCAUCACGGCCAUGGGCAAGAAGUUCCACCCAGAGCACUUUGUGUGUGCUUUCUGCCUCAAGCAGCUCAACAAAGGCACCUUCAAGGAGCAGAACGACAAGCCCUACUGCCACGGCUGCUUCAUCAAACUCUUCAGUUAGACUGUGGGCGAACAUCUGCAUGCGUCGACACUUUGCGUCGAGACUUUACUGACUGUCCAACCUCUCAGGUUUGGCAUUUCACACUUUUGCUAAACAAUUUUUAAAGAGAGCCCAAAGAGAUUUUUAUUUAGAGGUUUAUUUGCUGUGUGCAGCAAAGAAAAUAUGCUAAUUACCCCUUGUGUGUGUGUAUGUGUGUGCGUGUGUGUACAUAUAUAAACAUAUGAGAGAGGUUGUGAGACUCCCUCAGAGCUGUGAUUUGUUCAUGAUUUUAUUACCCCAUUGCAGGGCAAGACCCUGCGCAGUAUGGUGGUUUUACAAUAUGCAGGUAUGAGAUGGCUGCUUGAUCGCAUGGACCACAGAGAGUUGACUUAAUCAGAUUUAACAUAUGUCGAGUGUUGACUACCCAGUGCUCGGCCAAUGAGUGAUAUAAUCUAUGAAAACAGAUGUAUUUUUCUACCUUUGGAACCUAUUGACGUGCCAUUUAAAAUAACCACGUGAACGCUCUAUAUGUACAGUACAUGUACACAGAGACACACUGAACUCACUUCUUUCAAAUGCCAGUUAAAACUCUUCGCACACUCCAACCACAGAACUUUUGAUGAAACUGUCUUAAAGGUGCAUUUUACAAGUUAUUGUCAUCAGGAUAUUAAUCCCUAUUUUUCUACUGUUGUUUAAAAAAAAACCCAACCCAGAUGUUUUUUCGGUGUCAGUAUAGAGUACAUACACACGUGCUUAUGUAAUUCUUUGUUUCACAUUGGAAGUGAAAUCAGUCUAGAGAAGAACCACACUGAACUCUUUUUCAUAUCGCAACUCUGAACUUUCUUAUUCUACUACUGCAAAGUUUGUGCUGUCAUUUCCAUGAAUAUUUUUCAAUUGAAAUUAAACAUGAUGGCUGGUGAUAACAAAAAGUAAGUUAAUAAGAAUUAUAUAUUACUGUGUUUUUUUGUUUAGUUUUUUUUAAAAGCCAAAACAAUGAUUAGAGUGAAGAUUUACAGCUUUCAUGAGAUUUCUUUCCAUAUUCUUGUGGCUUUAUCACUUCGUUAAAUGAAUAAGCCUGGUUCAUGAUUUCAAAUUUGGUUGUGCAUCUGGAUUACAAGCAUGCUACUUGAUUUUUUGUGUGGAGUUUAUUCAGCACUAGCUGCCAUUUGCUGUUACAAUCAGAAUUUAAAUUCAUAUGCAGUAUGCUAGACAGUGAUAACUGUAUAUAUAAUCAUUAUCUUUUUAGCGGUUCAGGUUGAUGCAGAGCUGGCUCUAUUGGCAAGUAGGCCGACAGUAGUUUUUCCCUCCUCCAACACACACAGACCAGCUUGGGUUCCGGUUCGUCAGACUUCCUCGGAAGCAGCCCUCAGUGUUUCGAUUUUGAGUAACGAGUUAUGAUCCUGCCGUCUGAGCUGAUCUCUGUGCUGGGCUCACUGGUGGAAGCUGGAUGUUAAUGUGUUAUGUGCUGGUCAGGAAUCAGAGUAAGACACCAUGCCAGGGCCGAGCCUUUGGCCAAAUUCAUGUAAUGACCCAUUUCAAUCUUUAUUUUACUUUUUUUGCGCGUUUUGUUUUUGAUUUAUAGGUGUGCAAGGAGUUAUGACAGUAUCCACACUCAAAAUGUUUAACUUUGAGAAAAAUAUUUGUGUUCUCGUGCCAAAUGUGUCAAUGCAAUAAGGUCUUACACACUGGAGUCGUCCUGUGAUCCGACUCUUUCCGGGCUGAACUCUGGGAGAGGCUUCACCUGCUGUGGUGCAUCUCAACCUUUAACCUUUACACUGUAAUAGACGAGCCAAUGGAGAGACCCUCUCCGGUGUACACUUGUAGCAGACUGAGAUUGACAGGUAGCAGGGGCUGUCAGAAAGACGUUUGCACCUUCAUUUAAACUGUGUUUGCCUGAGAAAAUGGCAAUUUUAGUUUUGAGUUAAUUUGACCACGAGUGUAUUUGUGUUCUGACAUUAUAUUGCCUUAUUGUUUUUGCUUCUGUCAAAGAAUAAAACAUUUUAAAAAAUCUUAA